AUGGACACGGGGUGUCGGGUCUGGCGAGGAAGAUUGCUCCGCCUCCGAGAUUGGAGACAAGGCAAUUUACCAGCCGGCACCGCCACCGGCACCGGCACCAGCCUUAACACCAGCGCCGGCAUUAAGACCAGCACCAGCACCAGCACCGCCACCAGCACCGCCGCCAGCUCCGGCGCCGAGGCCGGCUCCGGCCUUAACACCAAGACCGGCUCCAAGGCCACCACCGAGGCCACCCAAGCCACCACCAAGACCACCUCCGGCAUUGAGACCAACACCAAGGCCGGCUCCGAGACCGCCACCGAGGCCACCGAGGCCACCAGCACCGCCGCCAAGACCAGCGCCAGCACCAAGGCCAACGUUAAGGCCACCACCGAGGCCGCCGCCGAUGCCACCGCCAGCUCCGCCGUUGCCACCAGUCGAAGGCUCGGAGUCGUCCGAAGAGCCAUCGUCAGAGCCAUCGUUGGAGCCGUCAUCAGAACCAUCAUCCGAGCCAUCAUCGGCAGUGGGAGAAGUCCAGGCGGCAUCAUCGGGGUUGGUAGGGGUGCUGUCAUUGCCACCGUCAGUGGGAGUGGGGGUAGUGUUAUCGGAAUCAUCGUCGCCGCCAUUGCCACCGUCAGCGGGAAUGGGGGUAGUGUUAUCGGAACCAUCGUCGCCGCCAUUGCCACCGUCAGCGGGAGUGGGGGUAGUGUUAUCGGAAUCAUCGUCGCCGUCACCACCAGCAUCACCACCAGCGCCGCCGCCAAUGCCACCACCAACACCAACGCCAGCGCCAACGUCAAGACCAGCACCGCCUCCAACACCACCAGCGCCGCCUCCAAGACCAGCUCCGGCGCCAAGACCGACACCGACGUCAAGACCAGCACCGGCACCGCCUCCAGCACCACCGGCACCACCUCCAAGACCAGCUCCAGCGCCAAGACCGACACCGACGUCAAGACCAGCACCGGCACCGCCUCCAGCACCACCGGCGCCACCUCCAAGACCAGCUCCAGCGCUAAGACCAGCACCAGCGUUGAGACCAGCACCGGCACCGCCUCCAGCACCACCGGCGCCACCUCCAAGACCAGCUCCAGCGUUAAGACCGACACCAGCGUUGAGGCCAGCGCCGGCACCUCCUCCCAGACUCUUGGAGCCACCAGCUCCGGCGCCAAGACCAGCUCCGGCAUUGAAACCGACACCAGCACCGAGACCGGCACCGGCUCCAAGGCCGCCCUUCAGCAUACCGGCAAUCAUUGA